CAUGGCUGGGAUUUACUCCUGAAGGAGUGCGAAUCGGAUGCAGGAAGUUGACGCCCAAGACAGUGAAAAACCGACGAUAUCACCAUCCCGCACCGGCCACGUCGAGAACCGAAUCACGAAACGCGAUGAGUACGAAUGACACGGCCUCCGAAGUGGACCUCUCGGAGAGUAGACAGGGAGAGCUCAGGACGACGGUUUAUUCCAUCACGAUUUUGGCCGCGGUGUUUGUGGCCUUACGGUUUGCCGCAAGAGUUCAGCGGGGUGCAACGUUUGGAAUCGACGAUUGGAUGCUGGUGGUAGCGCUGGUGUUUUUGUUCGGUCUUGCUUCUCUGUGCCUACUAUUAAUACACUAUGGAAUGGGAUUACAUGCUGGAGCGCUGAGCCCGUACGAAUUGACACAAAUCCUGAAGACAUUAGUAGCCCAAGAGGUCUUCUAUGUCACCACCAACGGCCUCAUCAAGGUCUCCCUCCUUCUAAUGUACUGCCGGAUCUUUACCUUCGAACGAAUCAAGUGGCCGGUGCUAGUAUGCGGUUUCCUCGCGGUUGGCUGGAGCGGCUCCAUCGUCUUCGUCUCGGUCUUUCAGUGCAACCCCGUACGAAAAGCAUGGAAUCCUUUCAUGCCGGGGGAAUGUAUCGCGCUUAAGACUGCGUUCAUUGCGACGGGUGUGCCGAAUAUCGUUACAGAUAUCCUCAUUCUUUGCGUGCCUGCACCCUUAGUAUGGGGAUUAAACACCACCAUGCCCCGACGACUAUCGCUACUGUUCAUCUUCUCGCUCGGCAGCUUCGUAGUCUUCGCCAGCAUCUACCGCUUCAUCACAAUCUUCGACUUCGAGACCUCCGAUACCUCCUGGACUCUAGCCAAAGCCGUAAUCUGGUGUCUCGUCGAAUGUUCCGCCGGCGUGAUCUCCGCGUGUCUCCCGACCCUUCGGCCCCUCAUCAAACUGGUGGCCGGCGGCUUCAACAGCACCAACAAAAACUCAGAACAGGCACCAACAUAUGGUCCCGCACAACUCCACGUCCCGACGAUAGGUGGCAGCGGGAAUAAAUCCAAGCAGCGGCACUUUAAGCGGAUAGACGAUAUGGUCCUGCGGCCGGAUUGCAAUGAACGCAACGUUACGAGCACCAUUGAACGCGGAGAGUUGGGCAGCGCGGGGGGUCACAGCGAUGAGAUCCCGCUCAAUGCGAUAGGUGUGAGAACCGAUGUCGAAUGGAGUGAAAGGAGCUCGAUUGGAGUGGCCGACAAAGGGGAGGUGGGUUUGUGAUCACUUGGAGAAAAUUGGUGUUUGGGGUUUACAUUUUAGCGAUCGAUUUGAGGGGGUUAUUUGUUUGUGUUUUGGCCCGUGGGAAAUCCGGGUCUUCCCAUAUAGGGUGGGAAUUCUGUAUAUUUUCUCAGCAGGCGCACUGUAAAUAUUUCCAUGAUAGACUUCAAGUAAUGAUAAUAGACG